GUAUAUGCCUCCUCGAAGGAGGUUUGCGACAGUUGGGAGGACUUAGUAAUCCCUUCUUUUGAUGAGGAUUGGGAUGAAGACUCGGAUGUGGUGUUUGUUGACCAGGAUGGGGAACUGGAGCCGACUGUCGUGGCUAAAGUUCUCAGGUAUGAGGGCCAUGUGAGUCCAGCACGAAAUGAGUUCUGGUACUUCCGGGUUCAUAAUCUACUUGAGGACAAGGAAGAGACGUACUUCAUUCUUGAAGAGUUCGGUGCCAGGCCGGAUACCUUGAACUUUCCACCACGCCCGCCAAACUUGGUACCACCUCCGAGCCCGUUUGAUGGAUAUGAGCCACCACCUCGUUUGGCAACGAUGCAAGAGGAUGUUGACUGUGGCGAGUAUGUACUUUCAGAGUGCGAAGAACAUGCCAACUCCAGUAAACCUCAGGAUAAGGAAUCGGAGGCCUCAUGGUUAGGAGCUGAUCUUGAAAACCCAACUUCAGUCUCGGAAGAGGUGCUAUCAAAAGAAGCGUUGAAGGCCAAGGUUGAAGAAUUGAGUAAGCCUGUUCCGCAGGGCUCAGUGAUUUUGGCCAAAGCCCUCGUGUCACGCAAGGGAUCCGAAGUCUUGAUGGCACUUCAAGAGAUUGUUGUUCAGUUAGAGCAAUAUGGUUUGUUUGUGUCCAAGGUGCACACAGACAGAGCGCGAGAGUUCCUCUCGUACAAGCGGGUGCGUUCCUGGCUUGCUUCAAAAGGAAUAGCCAGGUCUUUCACUUCCGGCAUUGAACCAGCCGCAAACGGCUCCGGAGAAAGUGCGGUCAAGUGGGUGAAGCGCCGAGUGCGGCAGCUCCUCGUCCUCAUCAGUAGUAAGGCUCCUGCCAGCCAGUGGCCUGCGGCAAUGCAAUGGGCGGUCACCAAGCAAAUCCGCGAGAAACUCCCUGUAGGUGACCCCAACAUCCCACCAUUCCAUGCCAAGGUGGGAAGAAGGAUUGUACGCGUGUCCUUCGAGCACGGUGUCGAAGGAGCGCCAGAGAGCAUGAUCCUUGGAGGCUACGUGCAGGGUGGCUUCAAGGGUGCUACCAAGGAGACGUUGAGAAGACCGCACUUGACCAAGUUCUUGAAUGAGUUCUUAAGGGAUCAUCUUGAGCAGCAAGGGCUUCAUGGGCGAGGGCUAUGGAUAUCGGACAGCACUCUAGGAGAGCCUGUGGACAUGCUGCUUCCCACGGGACACGAGCAAGAAGGUUCAAAGGUUCCCAUUGAUGGACAGGCGGUUACACACCUCGAGGUGUACUAG